AUGCAGAACCUGAUGUCGGUACAUUGCUGCGAUCCUGAGAGACAGUUGCUAUGCCUCGCAUUUACUCGCAAUUACAUCUACAGACAAGCUUCUCCCAACCGACGCCAUUUGCACGAAGCCGAAAUCUACGAAACUCUACAAGAACAUCCUCACCCCAGUCUGGGCCGAUCCCUGGGCUGUGUUGUCAGCAGAGAUGACCGCACCACAGGCUUCGUGCUCCUCAAGUACAAGGCUACUCUCUUCGAGCGUGCUCACGAUGCUUCAUCCUUCGGGUUGGAUGAGCGCAGCCAGUGUAUUUCCGCCAUCAAGUCUGCUCUGGAUCACCUCCAUAGCCUGGGACUCGCGCACCUCAGUCCCCUGAACGUCAUGUUCACGGACAAGGGAGAGCCUGUUUAGCUGGAUUUCGAUACCUGUCAUCCUGCGGGGACGAAGUUGGAGAAAGGUGGACAUGUGGGAGAGUGGGAGGGCAUUCCGGCUGCUGUCUUCAGGGAGUCGUCGAUCGUAUGCGAUGAGAAGGCGUUGGAGCAUUUGAACGUGUGGCUGAAGACCAAGUAUGAGGAGAUGAAGAAACUUGUAAGCAGU